GCCUAGAGAUCUAGAAUAUCACAGAUUAAAGAGAAAAGUGUGCUAAAGAUUCUGAGAUGUUCCUACAGUCUACACAUUCUUUCAUUCAGAAACUAUGAGAAAAAUACAAACACCUACUUUUUCGGUUGCGUUUUGGAAAGUAAGUGUUUGUAUUUUUCUCAUAGUUUCUGAAUGAAAGAAUGUGUAGACUGUAGGAACAUCUCAGAAUCUUUAGCACACUUUUCUCUUUAAUCUGUGAUAUCCUAGAUCUCUAGGCGUCUCUUUACUCAAACAUUAUAAGAAAAACAAAAUGCAAAAAGAUCGUUACGGAAUUUCACUCCGGUAGCAGAGAUGGCUGGUCAAAGCGCUCACACAUGGAGAAAAAAAUGCAGCAAAAAAUAAUAUGCUAUUGGUCAACAGAACCCGUUGAGGUUUUGGUACUUCCCUUACCAAAACACAACAUAGAGUGCACAAUCCACUUAAUGCCAAAGAGUGGCAUCUAAUACAAAUAGACUGUUUCAUGUAUGUAAUGUCAAAGUUAACAGACAUUUAGUGUAUGUCGACAUGGACCAUAGGUGGCAAAAUUUUCAUAGUAUACAUUGGGUAUUUCUGACAGUGCGUGGUGGGAGGUGAGGGCAGUGUGAGAGUUAGUUCGAAAAGUGGUUUCGCGCAAAAGAUAUUUUUGUGAUGUCGUAUGAAUUUGCUUUAGCUUUUCAGACGGUUAUCUGGUAUGAAAUUAGUUGAAGAUGAAACUAUAUUUUGAAUCUCUAAUAUAGCUGAGAAAAAAUUCCUAUGCUCUAUGUCGACAUAAUGACGGUUCGCGGUAAGAGGUUUAAAUCUCACAAAAUUCUUGUGAAGAGACAGUCGAAUCUUUGUAUGUGUCCAUAUUGUCGUCAGAACGUCUAGCUCCUAUGAAAUAUAUAUGAAAAGAAAAGAAGACGAAAAAUGGAUUAUAUAUGCAUUCUUUUUGUUUGCAAGGUUCUUUUAAGAACUACAAGACAAGAUUCUUGCAGAAAAUCCCUUUCUUGUGAAUUCAGAUAAGAAUCCGUCUCGCGAUUCUUAUAUGAACUCACAAGAAAGCUAUUUCCUACAAGAUUCUUGUGAUAAAAAUAGCGGCAAAAUAUUUCAUAAAAUUCUUGUCUGAAAUGCCAAGAAACAAGAAUCUUGCAGGAAUACCCGUAAGAACGUUGCCCAGUGUGUAUAGUUAAGAUAAAAUCUCGAUGAAGAAGUAUAAAACUUUUCUACUGUUUCUCGGUGUAAGAUAAAAUUAAUGCAGGUACUAAGGUAGAGUUCGUUGAGCUGUACAACAUUGCUCACAGGAGAAAGAUGGAACAAUUUAUCCUUAAUUUAUAAAACUUUUUCUAUAUUCUUUCUUAUAACUCAUUUUACAUAGCGCAUUUAAUCGUUCACUGUUUGACAGGGUAUGAUAGAGCUCGUUAAGCAUCAGGAUAUAGAUUACAUGAGAAGUACAGAAUCAUAAACUACUAAGUACUGAACGAACGUGUUCCAUAGUUUCUCUUCAGUCUUUAAUUUUAUUAUCGCUAUUUUUCCUUGGUCUCCACACACUUUCUUGUUCAAUUUUACUAACUUUAUCGUGCAUUUCAUGCUCUAUUGCGCUCUAUAUCUUAUUUGUCUAUUUAUCUGCGUAUUUACUUUGUUAUUAAAUUAUUAAUAAACAUUUUUCUUUCUGUUAUUCAUCCAUUAUUUACCUAUUAUUAUUGAUUACAAGUGACUGGUUAUUUCCAGGAACCAAUAAAAUAAUUCUUAUAGUAUACAGAAACAUUAGAACAAUCGAUUCCAUGACUGACGACAAAACAGAAACUCCUGAAUUACAAAUCGUUCGUCUCGAAGAAAAAAUCAAAUAUCAAGAUGCAAUCAUUGAUCUCCAAAAAAGUAGGAUCAAGUGUCUACAACAAGCAGCCGAGCAACAUACUUCUCAAGUUCAACAGCAACAUUCUCUUGUGAAUCUGCUCGACAAUCUCUCUACUACGAUUCAAAACCUCAACAAAAAGCUCGAUGAACCAUCCUCUCUACCUACUUCCUCACAGCAGCAGCCAUCAGCCAAUCUUCUCAGCAACAAACAACUGCAAACCCUUCAUUUACUUCUCAGGAUCAUCCACUGUCGAACAAAAUAAAACACUGUAUUAUUGGCGACUCUUUAACAACACACGUAGAUAAACGUAAACUUCAGUCGAUCCAUCUUCAAACCGAUAUUCGUUCGUUUCCUCAAGGCGGUACCCUCGAGCGAGUCUCUCAAUUGAUUCAUCAAGGACGUCUUGAUGAAACUCUCUCUUCUUCUCAACCAGCCACCUUUAUUCUUGGAACCAAUAAUCUAACAGUUGAACAACCAACAGCAGCGAUAGAAAAAGUCAAAAAUCUCGUACAUAUUAUGAAGAAAAAUGAUUCUACAUGUAAUCUGAAUUUUGUUCUAGUUCCACCUCGUCGCUUUGAAUCAAUAUUGGACGACGUAAACAUUGCCGAUUCUGUUAAAAUGUUCAAUGACGAUUUACAACAACUCUCUUCUCAGCUAAAUUUCAAAACAAUUGAUUUAGGCAUUUCAUUAGAAUAUGUCAGUCGUCGUGAUGGUAUUCAUCUUACUCCUGAAGGAGUUAAUAAAAUUACAAAAACAUUAAUACGAACAUUAAAAUCAAAAAUUUUACAUUAUUGUGUAAGCCAUACAGGAUUAAUGUCGAAAAAUUACCAGGAUGAACAGACCGAUGAUGAAGAUGCAAAGGCAUAUAAACGAUUAUGUAGCAAACAUCGACAAGUUAAACGAAGACAAAGGCUUACUAGCCUAUUCUGUCCCGAUGCUUCUACAUUGACUGAUUCUUCUGUUAUAUGUACACAAGCUUUUACAUUUUCAGAUGAAGAAGAUAAUAACAAUUAUAAUACAUCUACUGAUUCACCUACUCUGUAUAGUCAAAAUUUUCUAUUUUUUGAUGAAGAAAAUAAUAACGAUACAAAUCAUACCGAUAAUGGAAUUCUUACUGCAAAUGUUGAAUUCGAAAAUUGUUAUGAUGAUAAAAAAUCGCAAAAUUUUGAUACUGAUUUCAUUGUUGACUCAAUGUUUGAUAUACAUGAUACUGAACCAAAAAUAGAAUUAGAAAUAGCAAAAUAUAUAUGUCAGGCAAAUCUUGACAAAACAAAAACAAAUCACUUGUUGACAUUAUUAAAUCAUGUGCAUGAUCAACGUCAAUUACCACCAUCUUCAAGUAUUGAUUUAUGGGAUAAAUUGAAUAUAAAAUUCGAAUAUACAAAAAUUGAAUACUGUACAAGUUGUACGUUGGAAAUAAAUGGAUCUUCAUGUUUAUGCAACAGUACUAAUAAACAAAUUUCAUCUGAAUUGAUAAUUUUUCCCACUGUUAAAGAAAUCGAACGAAUCGUUAACAACAAUUAUGAUUUAAUGUUAAAUUAUAAAUUACAAAAAGAUGAUAAUUUAGAUGAUAUUGUCUUAGCAAGAAUCGUCGAAGUGCCACGACCUUUUCGUAAUAAUGAACAAAAUACAAUACUAUUAUGUCUUUGGCAUUCACCUCGUGCCCCAACAGCUAAUCAACUGCUGGGUCGAAUUGUAGAAGAUAUAUCUCGUCUACUUGAAAGUGGUAUUUAUAUUAAUAUCAAUGGCUUAGGUUAUGUUCAUUUUGAUCUUUAUGUCCAAGGUGUUUGUGCUGAUGGACCUGGUCAAUCGAAAAUAACUCAAAUAGUAGCGCACAACGGAUAUUAUGCAUGUCGAGUAUGUGAACUUCAAGGAAUUUAUAGUGCACGUGAUAAAACAUGUACUUACUCAUGGUCUUCAUUUGUACAUACAAAUCCACGUUUUCGAACUAGAGAUCGAUUUGAAUUAUGCUUGAAAAAAGUUGAACGUCUUUUUAAUAUGGGCAAUACAGAUAUUAAUGUUUAUGGUAUAAAAGGAAUAUCUCCAUUAAACCAAUUGAUUUUCUUACCUACACAAUCUAUUUAUGACUAUUUUCAUUUAUGUCUUGAGAUUGUCAUUAUGUUCAGUUCAGAAUCAUGUUUACAUGGAUUAUACAAAUUAGCUCAUGGAACUAAACAUUUGGGCGAACAAAUUGCUUAUUGGUAUACUAUUCAUCGUGCUAUUCAUUCGAUGUCAAUUAAAAAUCAACCAGGUAUUAUUCAUAAUGGGUGUCUCAUCGAUGGGUAUAUUGAUGAAUUUAUUAUCCAAAAAUAUCAACAACAAUUUGAUAAUGCAUUUUUUCUCAAGUUCUUUUGUUCACCAGACAGAGCACUUCGUUCAAAGUGUUUUUUCCUUUCAUUUCAUGAUGCUCGUUUUAUUGUUUGUACACCUAUUGAUAAUGAACUUGAACAUGAUUAA